AGGCGUGACGUCACGAGGCGCGCCGUGGUGUGGGAGUGGGGGCUGCAGUCUAUCUGCAAGAUGUUCGGGUCCAGCCGGGGUGGAGUGCGCGGCGGGCAGGAUCAGUUCAGCUGGGAGGACGUGAAGACAGACAAGCAGAGGGAGAACUACCUGGGCAACUCGCUGAUGGCUCCGGUGGGCCGCUGGCAGAAGGGCCGCGACCUCACCUGGUAUGCCAAGGGCCGGGCGGACGGCGCGGGGCUGAGUCGGGAGCAGGAGCUGGCGGCCGUGAAGCAGGCGGAGCAGGAGGCGCUCAUGGCGGCGCUUGGCUACAAGAACGUGAGGAGGCAGCCCACGGGCCUGAGCAAGGAGGACUUUGUGGAGAUCUGCAAACGGGAAGGAGGUGACCCCGAGAAGGGAGUGGACCGACUCCUGGGCCUGGGAAGCUCCAGUGGCUCCGCUGGCCGGGUAGCGCUGUCCCGAGAAGACAAAGCAGCAGCUAAGCUGGGGCUGUCAGUGUUCACGCACCACCGCGUGGAGACCAGGGACCGACCAGGGACCUCCCCAUCCUCAACCAAGAAGAAGCCUCGUUCAGAGGAAAAGGAAGAGCCCAGCCUUGAGAGCCAUAAGAAGAGCAGGAAAGAGAAGAAGAAAAAGAAAAAGAAGAAACAUAAGAAAGAAAAGAAGAAAGAAAAGGAGCACCGGAGAAGGGCAACCUCUUCUUCACCGUCCCCUUCCCGGCCCCAGCACUCAGAUUCCUCCUCCCCCUGCCACAAGAGGAGACGGCAUGACAGCGACUGAGGCCCUGCCCACACAUGGACCUUUUGUAGCAAGGCUUCCCUGGAAGCUGAACCCCCCUGGGGCCUCUGCAAGUGAGCAAGGUGGCUGACAGCUGUACCCUGGGAGGUCUGGCUGUGCCUUCCAGUCUUUGAUGUAUUGGCUUUUGAGCCCCAAAGGGUCUUAGCGGAGGCCAAAAACCACUACAUCUAUUUCUAUUUUCUUGAUAAUGACUCUUUGUACUUAAAUAAACUUAUUUUUCAAGUGAAAUCAUACUAAACAAAAGUGUAUGAAAACAGAGGAUGGCUUGGCUCUGGUUGGCCUGAGGCCCCAUUAGGAAGGUUGUGCCUAUAGGCUCGGACUUGCUGGCUACUUCUGAUGACAACGGUUGCACAAGGAGCUCCAAGUAGGCCUGUGUGGAGGGCAGACAAUCACGGCAGGGACAGAUCUUUGCGGCUUAUGGGAUGAGGCUGGUGGUUCAAGUCACUCUUGCCUCCCCAUCAAGGUUCUUCCUACCCACUGUCCCUUCUUCUUCUAGCGUUUGCCCCCCCCCCACUGUCCCUAAAGUGUACCCACACACUAACACCCUAUUAUCUCUGCCAGGAAGCCUGUAGCCCAAUCACUGAAACUUGUAUCUUGUAGCCAUGUAAAUAAAGAUAAAACCAAAGUUGGAUUGUGAUGAAA